AUGGAGUGCAAGGAGCAAAAGGACCUUGUUGUUCUACCAGUGUUUUAUAAAGUAGACCCAAAAGAAGUGAGAGGGGGGACAGCGAGUUAUAUGAGAGGCCUGGCUAAGCAUGAGUCCGAGGACGGAAAAAAUUCGAAGGAGAUGAAGACAUGGAAGAAAGCUCUUUUCGACGCCGGUAGCUUGUCCGGGUGGACUUUGAAUGAUGGAGAUGAUGAGUCGGAGCUUAUACAAGAAAUCAUGAAGCACAUCUCCACUCGCCUAGGCCGAAAACCUUUAAAUGUUGCUGUGCAUCCGGUUGGGAUGAAGUCCCGAUUGGCGGAGCCGAAAUCAAUGUUAAACCUUGAGUCUAAAGAUGAUGUUCUCAUGAUAGUGGUGCCCGAUGUGGAUAGAGGUGUUAAUCUAAUACAAGAUAGACUCUGUAACAAAAGAGUUCUUGUCAUCCUUGAUGACGUGGAUGACCUGGACCAGUUACACGCUUUAGCGGGAAAAGCUGAUUGGUUUGGUAAUGGGAGUAGGAUCCUUGUUACUACAAGAGAUAGUCAUUUGCUGACUCCCAGGUUAGAUUGGGAUCAUGUGUAUGUGUAUGAAGUUAAAGCGAUGGAUGACGGUGAAGCUCGUGAGCUACUUAGAAAGCAUGCUUUUCCAACAUACCAAAAAUUAGAAAGCAGGACAGAUCUAGUGCAUGGUUUUUUGAAUCAUGCUAAAGGCCUUCCUUUAGCACUUGUGGUGUUGGGUUCCUUAUUACGCGAUACAACAGAAGCUAUAUGGGAAAGCAUACUAAAGAAACUUUCCAAGAACCUUGAUAGAAAGAUUAAUAAUGUGCUCAAAGUGAGUUAUGAUGGACUAGAUGAAGAUGAGCAAGAGAUCUUUCUCCACAUUGCCUGCUUCUUUAAGGGCGAGAAAGAGAGUAUACAAAGAAGCAAGAAUGCGAUGAUCCCGGAAGACGUAGUGCUACGGCUAUAUGAGGACGUUCUUGAAGUUCUAUCACGCGACAUGGGAGACUGUGCUGUCAAAGCUAUAGUGUUGGAGCUACCUAAGCCAACAGAGAUGUGUAUUGGUCCUAAUGCUUUUACAAAAAUGAGAAGGUUGAGAUUGCUCAUUUUUCGCAAUGAUUUUCGAAAUUUGAAGUACAUGAAGUUCGACUUCUGCAAGUCGCUGGUUCGCACGCCCGACAUAUCGUGGACUCCAAAUCUCGAGGAAUUGCAUAUCUAUAGUUGCGAAAACUUGGUAGAAGCCCACGAGUCCAUCGCAGAUCAUGGCAAGUUACAGGUCUUGGAUUUACGUUGUUGCUUUGAACUCAGCGUUUUUCCAGAAGUGCUCAAGUCAGGAAAUCUACGGGAACUCCAACUUGGAAGAUGCUCAAAAUUAGAAAGGUUUCCUGAUGUUCCACAUAAAUUAGAAGGCCUAACAAAGCUUGGUCUUCAAGAGACCGCUAUUAAAGGACUUCCUGCGUCAAUAGAAAAUUUGGUCUCUUUGGAGACAAUAUCAUUAUGUAGAUGCAAGAACCUGAUUAGUCUUCCUUCUAGCAUUUACAAGUUACAAAACCUUAAAAACUUGAACGCUAAGUGUUGCACAAACUUAAUCGGGUUUCCAAAGUUUGAGGAUUCAGAUGAGCCUUGCAUGAAGACCGGACUUUCAAAUUUACUCGGGUUGGAUCUUUAUGGAUGUAAUUUGACCGAAGUAGAGUUUCUCGAGAAUCUUUCCUGUUGUCCCAUCUUGACAGAUUUACAACUGAGGAGGAAUAAUAUUAAGAGCCUUCCUACGUCCAUCAGUAAGCGUGAUGAUUUGUUCAUUUUGACUAUUAGUGAAUGCCCUCAAUUACGAGAGAUUCCCGAGCUUCCACUGUUGUUGGGCAAAUUAGAUGCGGACAAUAGCGAAUCUCUGCAAAAAAAUGGACACUCGACUUUAAUGCAUCAUUUUGUCCGUAGAGGGUUGGCCAUGGCUGAUAUUUCCUCACUUGACCAGGUACCUCUUUAUUUGGACAUUUUUCUCAUGGAAGGAGAGAUGCCAGAGUGGGUCCUCCCUGUUGAAGAGGGCUCCGUAUCUUUCAAGGCUUCAAAGGACUUAUAUGACAAGUUUAUUGGAUUGGCUUUCUGUUUCUAUGUCCACGAAGGGCAAGAUAGGGAGACCCAUCCCAAGUUUGAGAUUUUGCCAUAUGUUGAUGGCGAAAUGCGGAAUUGCAAAGGAGAUGCGAAUCCUUGUUGGUGGGGUCGGAAUUUUAUGUUUCUUCGGUAUUACGUACCAUCCGACCUAUGGGAUGUAGUCGAUUUUGGUCAAAUUGAUGGGAAUUAUGUACAAUUCAGCCUUAGAGUGUCAACUACAAAUGUGAAAAAGUGGGGACUCCGAAUAAUAUGCAAACCACUAGAGGAUGAUUUGAAGGCCGUACUUCAAAACAAUUGGCUAAUGGAUCCAGCUUUACUCCUCGAGGUUGUUCUCGAAUCGACAGAUUCGGACGUGGAGAGCAAAGUUAGUUCGAUCAAGACAGAUAUACUGAAGGGCAUGGAAGAUUGUCAAAUGAGUAUUGAGAAGCACAAUCAAAUAGUAUCAAAGCGAAAUCAGAAGCUUAUGCUCCCUCAAGGCAAGCAAACCAAGACAAUGUUGACUUCCAAUUCAGCCGAUAGAGAUGAGAAUGGGAGUGUUGGCUUGCAGCUUUUGUUGUUAGAAUGA